ACCACCAUUGAAAACGUGGAAGCAUUGGACAGCCGUUUCGCUCUAGUACGAGACUCCCCAAUAGUGCGCACCCAUGACCCCGUAGAAGAAAAUCGAGACUGAAUGUCCUAAGUUUGACUCAUGCGUGCGACGUUGUGGUUGUUCACCACUGAGGAGCCAUAUACUAGGACGAAACGACCGCCCAGUGCUCCCAGGUUUUCAAUGGUCGUCCAGUUAAGAUCAGUUAGUGAUGUUAACUGUAGAAAUACUACAAUCUCCGCAAGUCCUCCAUAUUCGUCUUGUGAUGGACUACAUGCCACAGAAUGAGUCGAAUGAUUCAUUCCGUUCUUGUCUUUCCUUAGAUCGUAGAGCUUUAAAAUUAUCAUAUACUUCCCAUUUCCUGGAUUUAUUUGUUUUUCAUUAAUCAUAUUCUAUAUUUUCCACUAU